AUGUUGCAUUUUGUUGCAGGUCGGUAUCCUGACGUCACCAAAGGAACUUACAUUCCAAUUUUUAUCAAAGAACGAUUGGAGAAAGGGCAAUGGGGAGCCAAAGUGGAGUCAAUCUGGAACAAUGCGCUUAUUCUCUCGGUCAUGACCCCUCCACAGUGCAUAUUGGGACGGUUCAGAAUGUAUGUAGCUGUGAUGACCCCGUAUGGGAUCCGCAGAACUGCGAGAGAUAAAGAUACAGAUAUUUACAUUCUCUUCAACCCUUGGUGUGAAGAGGAUGCUGUUUACCUGAGUGAUGAUGCAGAAAAUGAAGAAUAUGUCUUAAAUGAUGUUGGCUGCAUUUACUAUGGGAAGUUUACAGAAGUAAUCUCCAGACCUUGGUUUUUUGGCCAGUUUGAAAGGAAUGUUUUGGACGCGUGUAUUUACAUACUGGACAGAGCACGGAUGCCUUUACAAACAAGAGGGUGUCCAAUCAAAAUCUCCCGUGUUGUAUCUGCAAUGAUUAAUUCAAAAGAUGAUGGUGGUGUCCUUGUUGGAUGCUGGGAUGGGGAGUACACAGAUGGAGUAGCCCCCACAGCCUGGAAUACCAGCGUAGAAAUCUUACUGCAGUAUCUUGAGACAAGGCUUCCGGUUUGUUAUGGACAAUGCUGGGUCUUUGCUGCUGUGCUUAACACAGUUCUUCGCUGCUUGGGUAUACCAGGAAGAGUAGUAACAAACUUCUCUUCAGCGCAUGACAAUGAUGCUAAUUUAACCACCGACAUCAUUCUCGAUGAAAAUGGGAAGAAAGACGUAAAACUGACUAAGGAUUCAAUCUGGAACUACCAUUGCUGGAAUGAAUGUUGGAUGUCCAGAUAUGAUCUACCACCGGGAUAUGGUGGUUGGCAAGUUGUAGAUGCCACACCUCAGGAAACAAGUGAAGGCAUGUUCAGGUGUGGACCAGCUUCUGUUAAUGCCAUAAAGCAUGGACAGGUUUACUUUCCAUAUGAUGCUCCUUUCAUUUACGCUGAGGUAUGUGAAACCCUGAGGGUAUGCAGCAGUCCUCAAGAUUUAUAUAGCAAUAAACAAAGCCCCAGCAGAACAGUUUUGUUACUGAAGAUUUAGUUCAUGACAUGCUGC